UCCGUUUCAAUUCUCUAUUCUCGUUAAACAAAUAUCGAUUCCUUGCAUCGGGUGUGUAAAAUGGUCAAUCCAGAAUCUUCAUAGCCUUGGUUGUUCGUGUACGGAGUACUAAGUAUCGAAAUGUUAUCACGUGACCAUUGUUUACUUCGUGCAAAUAUAACGCGCAAUCUCGACGAAGGGACGAGAAAACUACGAUUAUGAUCACAUCCACAAUUUACAGAUCAAGAGUAAAAAAGGAUAGAAAAAGGAUCGUAGCAUUAACUCAUCAUAUACAUAAAACAAACAGGCAUGCCAUUAUAGAAGAAAAAGAAAAAGGAUGGUAUCAAAUCCCACUCCCGCAACCUAUCCACAGCCCGACCAAUCAUCUCACAUCUCAGUGAGCAUCUCACAUCUCCACACCGCGAUCCCCUUAUCCGUUCGGAAGGAAGGACCUUACAAGGCAGCCAUCACACCGAGGACACCGGCGACACCGGCGACACCGAAGCCCAGGACGCCGGCGGGGGUGGCCUGGGCGCCGGCGGCACCGGUCGAGGAGGAGGCGGAGGCAAUGUUGGUGACGGUGCCGGUGGAGGUGGUGGUGCCGGUGGAGGUGGUGCCGUCGUGGGUGGUGGUGAAGGUGGACUUGGCCAGGGUCAGGCUGUCGGAGAUGGUGGAGGUGGCGGUCGCGGAGCCGUUGGUGCCGGUCAGGGUGGUGGUCGACGCGGGCCACACGGAGGAGGAGCCGGAGAGCGCGCUGGAGACGGCGCUGGAGGCGGCCGAGCGGGCGUCGCUGGCCGCGCUGGUGGCCUCCGAGGCGACCGACGAGGCAAGCGAGGUCACGUCCGAGGCCCCGGCGGCUCCCGCGGUCGACGCGGCGCUAGCGAGCGAGGUGGCGCCGCCGACGGCGUCAGUGGCGGCCGACUCGGCGCCCGAGACGACGUCCGAGACGACGCCGCCCUGAGGGGAGGCCAGGGCGGCGGUGGACAGGAGGGUGGUCAGGAGGAGGCUCUGGAGCUGCAUUUUGGUUGUGGUGGUGGUGUGG